AUGCUCAAUAAACAGAGAGGAGAGUGUCGAGCGGCGGGGAUGCCAGGUCUGGGGAGUUUAGCUCUUGGAAGCAGGACUAGCGUGUUGCUGCUACUGACUCUCAUUGUAACCCUGGCUCAAGGGGCCUGGCCACUUGAUCAAUCCCAGGGACAGGUGGAGGUGCUGGGAGACAUGAUGGUGGAAGGACCCGGGGAACUGGAGGCCUCCAUGCACUCCUCCGUACUCUCAGACUUCCAGGUGGUGGAGGCAGCAGUGGAGGCCUUGGAGCCGGUGGCGGCUGCAGUCCAGCAGUCUGCAGUAGGAGCAGGGGGAGUGUCAGGAUUCCCAGACUCGUCUGCUGUAGAGGGCCGGGUUUUCCAGAUGAAGGUUCCGGUGAAGACGGACUAUACCAGGAACAUGGUGAAGGUGAGAGCCCUAACCAAUCAUUACUGAGGCCCCUGAGGCGCCGGACUGUUACCGGGAAGAUCUAUAUUCACCGUCCAUUUGAGAAAUGUACUGGACCCCAUACGCAUUGGCUGCUUAACCCAUAAGGGUGUCCACCCACGGUACUCAGAAUGACAGAAAUCACAUUCAUAUUAUUUUAAUGCAUCUUAACAGAACAUGCAACUCAUGUAGUAAUGAACCAGCCAAUAAAACGUCAUUCAAACAUUUGCCAAAAUGCAAUUAGCAGGAAAACACCAUUCUAAACCGCGCACCUGGGAAAAAAACAUUCUAAACCGCGCACCUGGGAAAAAAAAAACAUUCUAGACCGCGCACCUGGGAAAACACCAUUCUAAACCGCGCACCUGAUAGCGGUUCGAUACACAGUGUGUGAAUACACAGUAUGUGACAGAGAUGAAAGUCUCUGUUAGAAACUUAGAAAGAGGGGGAAACAAAAGAUGCAACAACUAGGAUGGGUUGCUCAUAUGACUAGGAUUGUGCCUUUGGCUUCUUGACAACAAAAUAAAGUUGAUAUGAAAACCAAUAGACCAGGAGAGAAAUGGCAUAGCGCUGGGUCCAACAGGAAAGUAAAUGGAAAUACAUUUGUCAAAAUUAUAUAUUUACUCCUGUCUAUACAGAAAUAAAUAAAAUCAUUCAAAAUACUUUACCAGAAAGCAUGGCUUAGCCACAGAGGAAUCAAGGAUAAUUAGCUUCUUUAAAAAAAUAAAAAAAUAGCUGUGGAUUGUUUCAAAUCACAAGCUUGUAUGCCUAUGCCGUGGUUCUCUGUAGCUCAGCUGGUAGAGCACGGCGCUUGUAACGCCAGGGGUAGUGGGUUCGAUCCCCGGGACCACCCAUACGUAAAAAAUGUAUGCACGCAUGACUGUAAGUCGCUUUGGAUAAAAGCGUCUGCUAAAUGGCAUAUUAUAUUAUGCCUAUUUGGGAAGGCCGCAUUUUCGGGCGGCGCGCGACAAUUAAAGGCCUAGCUGAUUAUUGAGUUGCGGUUGUCAGUGAAAAGCAUCUAAAAUACUGUAUGUGUGAAGAUAAUGUGUCUUGAGUAUAAUUUAAAAUGUUGAGACAAGGAGAGGGGAGGGAUGUGUGUUGUGAAGAAAGAUGCGAGUCUCUCUCCAGACUGCCUCAGCUGUCUCCCGCCAAUUCUUGCGCAUUCAUUGUGUAAAUUGUUUCAUUGUGUAAAUUGUUUGCCCUUUUUACUUUGAUUGUUUUAAUCAAUUCCCCAUUACAUACGUCACCAGUAGUAAGUGUACCAUUAAUACCCGUCAUUUGGUAUUUCAUUCAUUUCUGUUAAUGCAUGUAUUAAUUACAGUCAUUUAGCGUUCUCAUUCUCGGCGUGAAAACGUUGUUUGCAAAGUUCACAACCUGCUACACUUGUAAGAAACAAGUUUGAGUUUAUUUCAUAACCAUAAUUUACGGGAUUUGUCAAUAAAUAAAAAAAAUUGUAUUUUGUUUGGAAUGCUCCACGUGAGUAAUGAGCACGUGUCUGGUUUCUCUGAUAAUAUUGAGGGAGCGCAUAGAAGUAACUGGCCUGCUGCGCAGACAUGUAGGAAAGUGUUUUUUGAACAUCAAUUGUGAAUGAUGAUAAAUGAAAACUAAAGUUCCUCACAGUAAGCCAUUUGAAAAAUUAUUUCCGACAAUCUCCCCCUCGAUAAUCACCAAUCCUCGGUGUGAUAGGCUUCUGCAUUGGGCCUAUAGGCUAUGAGUUCCUUGCGCUCAUUUCUUUAGCCGCCAAUGGAUCACGGUGUAUCAACGUGUCCAUAUGGGAGAGGCUGGGGAUCUCGCAUUAGUUACACUUUUAACUUUUCAGAUUUUUAUCAUUUUAAUUCAGAUUUUUUAUGAUUCACCACGUGACAAUGAUUUUGAGAAAUGGAAACGCUCAUAUUGAAAUUAAACUGUUCCACCAAAAUGUGCAUAUGAAAAUCAUAACUGCCACGCAGAACGGUAGAAAUGGUAGGAAAAAUUGUAAGCUUCCCGAAACUUGAAACUCCAUGACGUUUCCAUGAUCGGAUUUUGCCUAUAGGCAACUUUGAAGCAAGUUAAGACGUGCCUCAUAAUAUGAAAUAAAACAUUCAGGUUUCAAACAGUUAAGUAUGUUUUGAAAAUGCACACUGCUUCCAGCUCACAUUGUGAAGUGGUGGGUGACGCGCUGAUAGCCUGUUGCCUGCACUUGAAUGGUGAACGGGAGGCGCGCUUCAAUCGUCAGUUGAUAAAUAAAAAUAGUAGUUCUUUUUAAUCGCGCAACAAAACUGUUUUUAACAUCUGAUUUGCAUUUAGAAUUUGUGGGCUUAUUAAAGCCCAUGUUUUAUUCCGGCAUCCUGCUCAGAAUAAGCUCUGUGUGCUGUGCGUGUGAUUGUUGUGUUGGAUAAAUAAGACACAUGAUGACUAACGAAAAUACACAAUAAAUUAUGCAAAUUCACCUAUAGACCGAUAAGCAUGACGUUCAAAUGUAUUUACAUCGACUGGUAUCGACUGGUAUUUCCAAUGAAUAAAAAGCAUUAUUUUGCUAUGGGAUUUUUUAUUUAUCUGCUUUUUUAUUUUUCUACAAAAGCCGGCAGUUGCCAACUAACAUAAACCCUGGUGUGUGUGUGUGUGUUUGUGUGUGUUUUUCUUUACUCACUGAAAGAGGAGGACCCAUUCCCUCAAGGAUAGUUUGGCCAAUCAUAUUCCCCGCUGCUCUCUAGAUAUGCAUUAUUAGUAAAUACUGUAAAAGCACAUGCAAUAGAGAUGCCAAACGUUCAGCCUGCUGCACAGACCCUGUAGACUCUCAAUCUAACAAUACAGCUCCAACUAUCAUCCUAUUGACCAUUUAUUUUAGCCAAUCAUCAGUCAGUCAGUGCGUUACAAGCCGAGUAUUCAUUGACAAAACUCGGAAAUGAUGGUUAUGAAUUAAACCAAAACGUGUUACUCACAAAUGUAGCAGGUGUGCCCUUGAGCAAGGCACUUAACCCUAAUUGCUCCUGUAAGUCGCUCUGGAUAAGAGCGUCUGCUAAAUGACCAAUUCAUUCAAUUCAUUCAUAGCAGGUUGUGAACUCUGCAAACAGUUUCCACUACAGUAAUGACAAUGGUAGGCUUAAUGACUUUAAUUAAUAUAUGCAUUAACAUACAUUUAAGUUUUCCAAAUAUGAGACUGAUAACGUAGCCGGUACGGCUAUCAUCCUCGUUUACCGCUUCACCUAAUCUUUCCCAACAUGACUUUUCUGGCCUUCCCUUCUCUUUAUUUUAAACAGCUUCAUUUUCACAGCUUUUCUCUUAUUGAAUUAAACUCUGACAUUGUCCUUUUUGCCUCCGUGGAUCAAAGUUAACUUAUCCUGCCCGUUUUCCUAACCCACACUUGACAACCUCAACCUAAACAUGUUGCGACAUGUCGAUGGAGUCGUUUAAGUCUCGUUUGUUUGAACUAACUUGUACAGUAUAGUUUGGUUAGACGUUGGUCUGAGCUGGGCUCGGUGGUUGAUUGUGAAACAUGCCAACUUUUUGAAAUGCAUGACCCCAGCACUUAUUCCAGCACUGUGUUGCCUCGUCCCAUGAUAAUGCAUGACCCCAGCACUUAUUCCAGCACUGUGUUGCCUCGUCCCAUGAUAACUCUCUGAGUCUCCCAGGCUGAGGGUGUAGUCCUUUAUUCACAGGAUCCUUUCUGCCCUGUCAAACGCAUGUUAAAACGUCCCCAGUACCAAACACCAAACCAUGGCCCCUUUUGUAUAUUGAGAAUAUGGACCCUGACAGCUGGACCAAAGAAUGCUAACGCCAAGCCCUAUCACCAAGCCCUAUCACCAAGCCCUAACACCAAGCCCUAAAACCAAGCCCUAUCACCAAGCCCUAUCACCAAGCCCUAUCACCGUGCCCUAUCACCAAGCCCUAUCACCAAGCCCUAUCACCAUGCCCUAUCACCAUGCCCUAACACAAUUCCCUAUCACCAAGCCCUAUCACCAAGCCCUAUCACCGUGCCCUAUCACCAAGCCCUAUCACCAAGCCCUAUCACCAUGCCCUAUCACCAUGCCCUAACACAAUUCCCUAUCACCAAGCCCUAUCACCGUGCCCUAUCACCAAGCCCUAUCACCAAGCCCAAACGCCAAGCCCUAUCACCAAGCCCUAUCACCAAGCCCUAACACCAAGCCCUAAAACCAAGCCCUAUCACCAAGCCCUAUCACCGUGCCCUAUCACCGUGCCCUAUCACCGUGCCCUAUCACCGUGCCUAUCACCAAGCCCUAUCACCGUGCCCUAUCACCAAGCCCUAUCACCGUGCCUAUACACCAAGCCCUAUCACCAAGCCCUAUCACCGUGCCCUAUCACCAAGCCCUAUCACCAAGCCCAUCACCGUGCCCUAUCACCAAGCCCUAUCACCGUGGCCUAUCACCAAGCCCUAUCACCAAGCCCUAUCACCGUGCCCUAUCACCGUGCCCUAUCACCAAGCCCUAUCACCAAGCCCUAUCACCGUGCCCUAUCACCAAGCCCUAUCACCGUGCCCUAUCACCAAGCCCUAUCACCGUGCCCUAUCACCAAGCCCUAACACCAAGCCCUAUCACCAAGCCCUAUCACCGUGCCCUAUCACCAAGCCCUAUCACCAAGCCCUAUCACCGUGCCCUAUCACCAAGCCCUAUCACCGUGCCCUAUCACCAAGCCCUAUCACCGUGCCCUAUCACCAAGCCCUAUCACCGUGCCCUAUCACCAAGCCCUAUCACCGUGCCCUAUCACCAAGCCCUAUCACCAAGCCCUAUCACCGUGCCCUAUCACCAAGCCCUAUCACCGUGCCCUAUCACCAAGCCCUAUCACCAAGCCCUAUCACCGUGCCCUAUCACCAAGCCCUAACAGCAUUUUCUGAAGAGUAG